UCGCAUGCGAACACCGAAGGUCGGAACGGAACGUGUCGAGCGGUCGAGCACUGUUGACGUUUACAGCAGAGGCUUGGGAAUGACAACGAUAGCGUAGAUUACUGUCCGAUUCAAUUUUCGAUUUCGUCAUGAACGCCUGUCGACUGGAACCCUGUAUCCAGCUUCCUCUCCCGAAGGAGAAGCUGAAGGAGAGCGUGGAUAAAGCGAAGGAUUGGGCGCUUAUGCAUGGGAUAUCCAUACGAUCCAGGAAGAAUUUCAACAAGGACCAGGUACAGGUACUACCUGUCACACUGUUACCGUCGAGUUUUCCCAGGAAGCCCUUUCUAACUGUGAAAAAUGUACAAACUUUAUUGAACGAGCUUAUUCAUAAGGUUGCCCACGAUAAGGAGUUUCUUACAAGCAGCUUAAAAAGCACAGUCCAAGCUGAUCCGUUUACGGCGAAGCUGUUUCACAUAUAUGAGACAGUAUACAAGAAAGGUUUUAGCCAGAGUAUAAGCCUUGGACUGUUGAGGUCAGAUUAUUUAUUACACGAUGAUGGCUGUAAGAUAAAGCAAGUAGAAAUAAAUACAGUAGCGACUAGCUUUGCGGCCUUGGCUACCGUUACAUCCGAAUAUCACAAGUAUAUAUUAGGAGAAUUGGGGUACAGAAAGAAAGCGUGCGAACAGAUUCCAGAAAACAAUGCGCUUACGGGAUUUUGCAAAGGAUUAAUAUUCGCAUGGGAAUUGUAUAAUAAUCCAGAGGCUAUCAUAUUGUUUAUUGUUGAAGAUGUGACCUAUAAUAUAAGCGAUCAAAGGCUUCAUGAGUUUGAAAUUCGUCAAUUAUGUCCUAAAAUUAAGAUCAUCAGAAGAAGUUUAACAAGUUUAGCAUUGGAAGGAGUGAAACUGGGACCAAAUAAAGAAUUAAUUGUUUCAAACAUGGUAGUGGCUGUAGUUUACUAUCGGUCAGGUUACGAACUCGAGGCUUAUCCAACAGAAAAAGAAUGGGAGAUUAGAAUGUUAAUAGAGUGUUCUUGUGCAAUAAAAUGUCCAUCAGUGCAAUAUCAUUUAGCAGGUACUAAAAAAGUACAACAAUCUUUAGCUCAGCCUAGUGUAUUGAAAAAGUUUCUAAAAGAUGAUGCAUCUGUUGCUAAAGUGCAAGAAAUAUUUACUGGAUUAUAUACGCUAGAUUUUAAUGAUGAUGGAGAAAAGGCAGUAAAAAUGGGUAUAAAUGACCCAAACAAGUUUGUUCUCAAGCCACAAAGGGAAGGAGGUGGGAAUAAUGUAUAUAAUGAGAAUAUAAGGACGUGGUUAAAUUCGAUGAAGGAAUCGCAAGAGAGAACUGCGUGGAUUCUCAUGGAUCGCAUUUACCCUCCUUUACAAAAAAAUUAUUUGAUACGUGCUGCUGAAGAAUCGUCAUUAGAAGAUAACGCUGAUCUAUCGGAUAUUAUAACAGAACUUGGCAUAUAUGGAGUAAUAGUAGGGGAUAGUAAUGAGAUAAUGUUAAAUAAACAAGUUGGACAUAUUUUAAGAACCAAAAUAUCGAGCGAAGAUGAAGGCGGGAUAGUGGCAGGCGUUGGCGCCCUUGACAGUCCUUAUUUAAUUAGCUGAAAUAAGACAUUUUCAGAAGAAUAAUUACAAUUUAAAUAAAUGAUAAUAUAAUCUAUAAGAUUAUAUAAUAGAUUAAUUAUCUUUAUUAUAAUUAUUUUUUCAUUUUAUAAAAUGGUAUUGUAGACACAUGUGGAUAUGGGAUGGAACUUAUUAGAAAUCAAACGAGCAUCAAUACUCA